AUGCCAUUAAAGCCGGCGCGGAUCGAAUUCCCUACUGCCAUCCUAACAUACCCUGAUAGAGUGUCCUCGUUCGAGCACCUCCUGGUCCGCGUGGAGCUGCGCGUGGCGGUGUGGCUGGUGGCGCUGAUGACGCUGGUGGGCAACAUGACGGUCCUCGGCGGCAGAGCCUUCACCAGGGACGACAACAAGAUCCUCUCCCUCUUCAUAAGGAACCUGGCAGUGGCAGAUCUUCUGACGGGCGUGUACCUGUUCGUCGUGGCAGUGAAGGAUGCCCAGUUUCGAUCCGAAUACCACGAGUACGCCUACUACUGGAUGACGUCAUGGCACUGCACUAUCACCGGGGUUCUUUCGAUGACGUCUUCUGAGGUGUCUGUCCUGAUCCUGACCUUCAUGAGCGUGGAGCGGUGGCUGUGCAUCACGUGGCCACUGGGGGCCCCGAAGCUCUCCCUCGGAACCGCUAAAGCCGUGCUUGCGGCCAUCUGGUCCGUGGGCCUCCUGCUUGCGCUUUUGCCAGUGUUCUGGUACACAAGCAAGCAGGGCUUCUACGGCACGAACGGCCUGUGCUUCCCGCUUCACCUGGACGACCCGUGGGUGCCCGGCUGGGUCUACUCCGCCUUCAUCUUCGUUGGCAUUAACCAGAUUGGGGUGGUGAUGAUCCUCAUGUCAUAUACUGGGAUGUUCUACAGCAUUCGAGUCACGCGCGCGAACACGCCGCUAUCGCUCGGGGAUCGCGAGUUCGCGCUCCGCUUCUUCUUCAUCGUGUUCACCGACUGCGUGUGCUGGACGCCGAUCAUCAUCCUGCGCAUCCUGGCGCUGGCGGGAUGCUCCAUCCAGCCGGAUCUUUACGCGUAUGUGGUGGUGGUGCUGCUGCCGAUCAACUCCGCUCUAAACCCGUUCCUCUACACCUUUACCACCUCCAAGUUCCGGUCGAGGGCGCGCCGGUUCCUCUCGUCGCAGGGCAUCUGCCUCUGGCGCCCCCGCCGCGACUCAGAUUCAGAGGUGACCCGGACCUCGUUCUUCAGGAGCGCCACUUACAAGUGGACGAACGGACGCGACGUCGUGCAGGUUUACAACGGCACGCACGCCCUUGAGGAAACGACGCUCGCCGAUCUCUCCAAGGGGGUUGUGGUGGCCAGGGAGGAAUGCAGUAAGGCGGAGAGUGAGCAGCAGCGCAAAAUCAGUCUUCAAACCCUCAUCGUCCGUCAGAAGGACUUCAGGACGCAACUGCGCUAA